UCACUUCAGACCCAACCGCUCGGGUCGGAGGUGAUAGAAUUGUAAGUUUGGGUGGCCUUUGGUCUGAAGAUUACGUUUCUACAUUUCUGGCUUCCCACCAUAUACUCCGACGCUUCGACCAAUGCGCCCGGGGAGCGGCCCAGGUUCGAGGUCAGCAACUUGCAGACGUGGAUGAGCCUCCUGAGUCAACAAGAAUACGUGCACCGACUGGUUCGGACGACUGCCCAGCGAUGGAGGACGUGUGCGACCAGCCGCUGAGGGUGAGGGAGGUGACGAGCAAUGUGCUAGAGCCAGAAGAAAG